GCAGCAAUAAAAUUCCAAGCUCAAAUUUUCAGGAGAAUUAGGAUCCACAAGCCAUGGGUCUAGCGAUGGACUUUUCGGAUUUAAUAAUUUGCGAUUCGAUGAAGCCGGCGGAGGAGGUUGACGUGGAAGGCGAAGGAGAGAUGCCCGACGAAGAUUCAGGUGUCCGUAUUGUUGAUUCAUUCAAGGACCCUUUGGGAACCAUUGUGGAAUACAGUGGUUGCGAAGACAUGAACACUCCUGGCGAUUAUCAAGAUUUCUCCGAUUCCGAAGAUGAGAAAACCUUUAGACAAUACAGAAAGGAAUUUCUCGCUAGUGAUGGUUAUGAUAUCACUACCUUCUAUUAUUAUCCUUUCACGAUGGGUCUCCUCGAACCCAUCCCUCUGGAACCUGGCGAAAGGUUAUAUGAAGCUUGCGUCCAUGCUGUACAAAGAUUGAUUACAUAUCUCAGGGAAAAGAGAGGAAGAAGUCUUGAAUUUGUGGAACUUAUUAAGGCAAAUACGGCUAUAAAUACUUCUCGUUUCUAUUUCGCCACCUUUACCGCUAUGGAAUGUGGAAAACUAGGAACUUAUCAAGCCAGACUGUUUCGAACUAUUCGAGGCAGCGAGGUUGAGAUUUUUCAGUUUAGGGAGGCACCUAUGGUAGAUGGAGAUCAGAAGCUGUGGAAUUAGUGUCUGCACAUGGUCCUAUGUGGUUUGUGAGUUUAAAUAGAUAAGCUCUAUUUUGUUUUCUGUUUUGGUAAUUUAUUGCAGUGCUCCAAUGGUUGUGAAGCCAUUAUAAAGUCUUAUGGUUAUUUAUGUUAAAUUGUGACACAAUCUUUUUCAUCCUUAGUUGUUGGUUGUCCUAUGUUGUCUGUGAGUCUAAAAAGAUGAACUCUACCUUGUUCUCUGUUUUAUUUUGUUGCUGUGAUCAAAUAGCUGUGAAGCCAUUAUACAAUCUUAU